AUGGCUCCUAUGGCCAACCAACAAGGACAUUCUUCUUCUUCUUCUUCUUCUUCUUCUGUAACUCAAGAUCCAUGGACAUAUGAUGUGUUUGUGAGUUUUAGAGGUAAGGAUACACGCACCAAUUUUACAGAUCAUUUGUACAAGGCCUUGUCCGAUAAGGGGAUCUACACCUUCAUUGAUCGUGAGCUUAUAGGAGGAGAAAAAAUCUCACCGGCCCUUCUUGAAGCAAUUGAAGAGUCACGGAUUUCUCUCAUUGUAUUCUCUGAAAACUAUGCAUCCUCAAGGUGGUGCUUGGACGAACUCGUUGAGAUCCUUCGAUGCAAAAGCUCAAUGAAUCAAAUAGUUUGGCCCAUUUUUUACAAAGUGGAUCCUUCGCAUGUACGGAACCAAACAAAUAGUUUUGGUGAUGCAUUUGCUGACAUGAACUGCAGAUUUAAGGAUAAUACGGAGAAGGUGCUAAGAUGGAUGAGCGCUCUUAGAGAAGCAGCAAGUUUAAAAGGAUAUACUUGCAAGGCGGGAGAGUCUGAAGCUACAUUUAUCAACCACAUCGUUGAAGAGAUUGUAGUCCUAGUGCUGAACCGCACAUAUUUGAAUGUGGCAAAGCACCCAAUUGGAAUUCACUCUUGUGUAAGAGCUGUGGAAAUGCUUUUAUGUGAUGGUGGGGAUGGUCGCCACAUAGUUGGGAUAUGGGGGACAUCUGGAAUAGGCAAGACAACAAUUGCGAAAGCUGUUUAUAAUGCAAUUGCUCAUAAGUUCGAAGGGUGUUGUUUCUUGGCAGAUGUUAGAGAAAAUUCAAUGCCACAUGGAGGCUUAAUCCAACUGCAGGAGACACUUCUUCAAGAGAUUCUAGGUGGCAAAAAGUUGAAAAUUGUUAGUGCUGAUAAAGGUAUCUCUAUUAUACAUAAAUUACUAAGGCAUAAAAGGAUUCUCUUAAUUCUUGAUGAUGUGAAUCAAUUGGAGCAAUUAGACAACUUGGCUGGAGUUGGUUGGUUCGGUGAGGGUAGUAGAGUCAUCAUAACUACACAAGAUAGCGGAUUGCUAAAAUGUUAUGGAAUUGAGUUGAUAUACGAGGUCCAUAAGUUAUAUGACAAUCAAGCUCUUGAGCUUUUCAGUUUGAAUGCCUUCGGAAGAAAUGAACCUCCAAAUGAUUAUUUGGAACUCGCAAAACGAGCAAUAGCCUAUGCUCAAGGCCUUCCACUAGCUUUAACACUUUUAGGUUCUCAUCUUCGUAAUAAAGGUAUACAUCGUUGGCAAGCCAUAUUAGAUGGUUAUGAAGGAGAACCUUAUACAGGUAUACAGAAAAUACUUCGAAAAAGUUAUGAUGCAUUAGAUAAUUCAGUGCAACAAGUUUUUCUAGACAUGGCGUGUUUCUUCAAGGGUGAAGAUAAGGACAAUGUGAUGCAAAUACUAAGUUCUAAGCACAAGGCUUCCCAAGAUUGUAUUGAAGUCCUGGUUGAGAAGGCAAUGAUAACUAUUCAAUAUAAUCGGAUUUUGAUGCAUGACUUGCUAGAAAAAUUGGGUAAGGAUAUAGUUCACGAAGAGUGCCCCAUUGAGCCUGGCAAGCGUAGUAGAUUGUGGUUUCAUGAGGAUGUCUACCGUGUUCUAACAGAAAAUAGCGGAACAAGAAAAAUUAAAGGCAUCAUGGUGAAGUUUCCCAAGCCAGAUGAGAUACCCUUGAAUGCAAAAAGCUUCUUCGGGAUGGUAAAUCUUGAAAUUUUCAUAAACUGUAAUGCAGUUCUAUCUGGAUAUGUUGAAUAUCUACCCAACGAGUUGAGGUUCAUUGAUUGGGGUAGAUGCCAGUUACAAUUAUUGCCAUCCAAUUUUCAUGCAAGGCAUCUUGUUGUGUUCAAUAUGCCAUGCAGUGAUAUCAGACAAUUGGAGGGAUUUAAGAAAUUCCCAAAGUUGACAUCUAUAAAUUUAAGUGGUUGCCAAUUCUUAGAAAAAAUCGUUGACUUAUCUGGAAUCCCAAAUUUGAAGUACUUGAAUCUAAGUGAGUGUAAACGUUUGGUUGAGAUCGAUAGUUCUGUUGGAUUCCUUGAUAAACUUGUUGAAUUGGAUCUCAGAGAAUGCUUUCAGCUUACAAGGUUUGGAACAAGACUUAGAUUGAAAUCCUUAGAAAGACUUUAUCUGUGUGAUUGUAAAAGGCUUGAGAGUUUCCCAGAAAUAGAGGACAAGAUGGAAUCGCUAAUCAUUUUGGAUAUGGAAGGAAGUGGCAUAAGAGAAUUGCCUUCAUCAAUUGCAUAUCUUACUGGUCUUGAAGUAUUAAAAGCUGAUUAUUGUGAGAACCUUUCAAAUGCCUCAUUACAUCGUAUAUAUGGAUUGCAACGUCUCGGUGAGCUUAGUGUCAAAGGGUGUCGAAAACUCCUUACUUUUGGCAAUGAGGUUAACUUUGAAGUUUCAUCCAGCUACACUGAAUUACAGCUGCUUUUAAAUAGCUCAAAUUUUUCGGAUGACAACUCUAUCUCAUUAGCGCUUCCCAGGCUACGUUUCUUUUUUCUCGGAGGAUGCAAUCUAUCAGAAAGUGAUUUUCUCCCGCCUCUCGAUUGCUGGUCCACAUUAGAAGAACUUGAUCUUUCCGGAAACAAUUUUGUCAGUCUUCCGGAAUGCAUUAGCAAAUUUGUCAACUUGCUCAGCCUUAGAUUGUGUGGUUGCAAGAGGCUUCGGGAAAUUCCAGAAGUGCUUCCACCAAAAUUAACUUCAGUAACCCUGAAUAGUUGCACGUCAUUGGAAACAUUUCCAAAACUGUCACCAGGGCUUCAGCAUUUGUAUUUGACUAAUUGCUUUAGACUAUGUGGCUGUGACAUCACAGAAAACAUUUUGUUGAAUCAGGUAUCUUCUCAGAGUUCUAAAGUCGAAAUUAUAGUUCCAGGAACUGAAGUUCCAAAGUGGUUUAGCUGUUGUAAAGAGGCAACAGUAUUUGAAGAUCCUUUUACAGAUAAUAAAGGGGAAUACAUUGCUGAAUGUGAAGUUUGUUUUGAAAUUCCUCCAAAUUUAGAAUGGGAGACGUCAAGAUUGGCUCUAUGUGCUGUUUUCGAUCUCAUGACUUAUCAUGGUCGUCAGUUUGGCGCCAAGACUCUCAUAAAUGGAAAACAGGUCAACGAGAUAGAGAUUUGGGCUGAGUAUGGUAUUAAGUUAGAGGAAACUCAUGUGUGGCUCAACUGUAGUCCAUUAUUGGAUCCGAACAAUAACAUGGUGGAAGGACCCACGCGGUUGCAACAGGGUAAUACGUGUCAAGUUAUAUUUUACUACCAAGGUGCAGGACCGAUUACAAGGUGUGGGGUCCACCUAUUAGGCCACCAGGUUGGUGAAGUCAGUGAGACUGAGAUUGGUCAGAACCGUGAUAGAGGAUUAUUUUGGGCAAGCAAUAACAGAUUGUGGCUUGAUCCCUUUAAACACAAGAGAAGAUGA